CCCAUUUUGUGAUUUUAUAAUACAUGCGCCAGACGCGGCUACAUGUAUAUAUAUAUGUUGCCGCUGAAUAUUCAGAGAAUCUUCCGGCUUGACGUCACGAGAUUUAUUAUUAGUAGAGAGACAGAAGGAGGGAGAGCGAAGAGAGUGACAGACAACUAUGGAAGGAGGGCACGGAACGGAGUUAUUAGAAAGUGCGGGGGGGAGGGGGAGCUAUGGGCACAAGGUCCCCCAAAAUCGGCUAUCAACCAAUCAUCGCAGUCGUAACCUUGCGUGCUGAACCCCACAUUCGUCUGGACAACAAAUUGUGGACAGUUCAUGGUAUUUGGAUAUUUACUAAGGAUACUCUACUCACAAGGAAAGUCAGUAGAACCUCAAUUGCUUUCCACCAGUUCCUGAGAAAGUGAUAUAUAUAUUAUAUACACCGUCCGCCCCUUCAUAUACAUACGCCUUUGUAUAUCCAGUUUCAAGCUGCACACCUGCAGCUACCUUGUGUGUGAAUUUGUCCUAGCAGCUCCCCUGCGUCAGUCACAUCCUCAUCAUCGGUUCAGCGUCCGCAUACAACCCCCGCCCAAUACGCAAAAAUGGCAGUCCAGGCUGGCAGAGUCAAGUCUGUGUUGAGCGGUGACACGAUCAUCCUCACCUCCAUCGUCAACCCAGCGCAAGAAAAGAUCCUGUCUCUGGCCUACAUUACAGCACCGCGCCUCAACAAGACCGGUGACGAACCGUGGGCAUUCGAGAGCCGCGAUUACCUACGAAAGAGCUUGGUUGGCAAGAACAUCCAAUUCCAGGUUCUCUACGAGAUUCCGACCACAAAGCGACAGUUUGGCGUGAUAUUCCUUGAGGAUGGAGUGAAGUUUCCGCAGGCAGUUGUCCGCGAAGGCUGGGCCAAGAUCAAGGAUGCAGCUGGCCGCAAGGAAGACACAGAAAAGGCUGUCCAACUGCUGAAUGAGCUCAAGCUUCUGGAAAGCCAAGCUCGCGCUGAAGACCUGGGUGUCUGGUCACCAUCUAGCGGGCACCUCGACGUUCAGCACGACCUGGGCAACUCCGACGAAUUCAUGGCAGAAUACAAGGGCCAAUCCGUGGAUGGAGUUGUCGAGCGCAUUCUCAGCGGCGACCGGAUGCUUGUGCGAUUAAUAAUGCCCAACAAGAAGCACUAUCAACCUAUGACUCUUGUUGCUGGUAUUAGAGCCCCAAGCACAGAACGUGUCAACCCGUCAAACCAACAAGUGCAGCCAGCCGAACCCCUAGGAAACGAAGCCAAGGCAUUUGUUGAGACUAGGUUAUUACAACGCAACGUGAAGGUCGACAUCCUCGGUGUCAGCCCACAAAACCAACUGAUUGCCACCGUCAGGCACCCCAAAGGCAGCAUCGCGAAUUUCUUGCUUGCUGCUGGACUUGCGCGUUGCUCGGAUCACCACUCGACUCUACUGGGUUCAGCAAUGCCGGCAUUGAGACAGGCUGAGAAGGAUGCCCAGGUCAACAAGCGUGGCCUUUACGAGGGACAUGUGGCCAAGUCGAAAUCCGGCGCAGCUGCACAAGAAGUCACAGUCACCCGUGUUUUCAGCGCAGACACCCUGUUUGUCCGAAACAAAGCUGGUGUGGAGAAGCGCAUCAACAUCUCCAGUGUUAGAGGCCCAAGAACAAACGAACCUUCUGAAGCCCUAUUCAAAGAUGCUGCCAAAGAAUUUCUGCGCAAGAAGGUCAUCGGAAAGCACGUACGCGUGAGUGUUGAUGGCUCAAGGCCAGCUACCGAUGGGUACGAUGCCAAGGACGUCGCAACUGUCAUCCUGAACGACACGAAUAUUGGCCUUGCUCUCGCCCAGGAAGGAUGGGUUUCGAUCAUUCGCCACAAGAGGGACGACACUGACCGCGCACCAAACUACGAUGAACUUCUGGCAGCACAAGAGACCGCAAAGGAGGAGAAGAAGGGCAUGUGGUCGCCGAAAGCCCCAGCCAUCAAGACCUAUGUUGAUGCAUCCGAGACCGCUCAGAAGGCAAAAAUGCAACUUCAGACUCUCCAGCGCCAAAAGAAGAUCCCAGCAAUCGUCGACUUCGUGAAGAGUGGUUCGCGAUUCACAGUUCUCAUCCCCCGCGAAGGCGCAAAGUUGAACUUCGUUCUUGGAGGUAUCAGAGCUCCAAAGUCUGCGAGGAACCCAAGCGAGCAGAGCGAACCCUUCGGGCAAGAGGCACACGACUUUGCGACGAAGCGCUGCAGCCAGCGUGAUGUCGAGAUUGAUGUUCACAACAUUGACAAGGUCGGUGGAUUCAUCGGUGAGCUUUUCGUCAACCGCGAGAGCUUUGCCAAGGCUCUCGUUGAGGAGGGUUAUGCUACUGUCCACGAAUAUUCCGCCGAGCAGUCUGGAAACGCCCAAGAGCUCCUAGGUGCCCAAGGUCGUGCCAAGGCAGCGAGAAAGGGUCUGUGGAAGGAUUGGGACCCGUCCCAAGACGAGGAAGCCGAGUCGGCUGAAGCCGCCCCUGAGAACGACACAAACGGCGACUCUGCGCCCGUUGAACGCCAAAAGGAUUACCGCGACGUGGUCAUCACCAACAUCGACGACGAGGGUAAGCUCAAGCUCCAAAUCAUCGGCACCGGCACCUCGAGCCUCGACACCAUGAUGUCUCAAUUCCGCAGCUUCCACCUCAACCCCACCAACAACGCCGGGCUCCCCGCCGACCCCAAGGCCGGGGACUUCGUCUCCGCCAAGUUCAGCGAGGACGGGCAAUGGUACCGCGCGCGCAUCCGCGCCAACGACCGCCCCGCCAAGGUAGCCGAGGUGCAGUACAUCGACUUCGGCAACAAGGAGAAGAUCCCCUGGGCCCAGCUGCGCCCUCUGCAACCCCAGUUCUCGAUCCAGAAGCUGAAGGCGCAGGCGCAGGAUGCGGUCCUCUCGCUCCUCCAGCUGCCAGUCAGCACGGAGUACCUCAACGACGCAAUCGCGUACAUCACGGAGCUGACGGCGAACAAGGAGCUCGUUGCUAAUGUGGAUUACACGGACAAGGACGGGACGCUCUACGUCACGCUGUUUGAUCCCAAGACGAGCGAUAAGCUGACUGAGAGCAUCAACUCUGAGGUCGUGGCUGAGGGCCUCGCGAUGGUGCCGAGGAAGCUGAAGCCGUGGGAGCGUAGCUUUGGGGAUGUCUUGAAGGCGUUGAAGAAGGUGGAGACUGUUGCUAAGGACGAUGAGCGCAGGGGUAUGUGGGAGUAUGGUGAUCUGACUGAGGAUUAGAUGGUUCUCUCGUCGUCCCUCGUCGUUCGCCAUGCCAUCCUUACUUCCUACACGCCCUGAGUGACCGCAUGCACUGGUGGUGCUUUGGGUGUUCUACCUCCUCUCUCCUUCAUCUCUCACUCGCUACCGCAAGUUUUUGGAUCCAUCAACCCCCCUCUGCGUUUGGAUUUUGAGUUUUUCAAGCAUUGCACGUAUUUUCUUGGUUCGGGAUGCAUAUAAUUUGGACAAAAAGGGCCGGCAGGCAGGCAGGCAGCGGAGCAGGCAGGGCAAAAAAGGCAUAGGCGUGGACAAUGAAUGGUGCAUUGCAUCUUUUAUUUGCAAAAAGGGGCAAACCAAACAAACAAAAAACUAUAAAUACUAACUCUUUUAUUGGAUUGGGGAGGGUGACUGGUGGUGGAGGGGAUGGAUGGAUGUAUUAAUAGACAGACCUAAGCCCCGGCCGGGAAAGUAGAUUCGGAAAUGUGAAUCUGAUACCCUCCCUCAUGGAUUGUUUGUUAUAAGAAAGUGCAGAAGGGUUGUGAUGUGAC